AUGAUGCAAAUGAUGUCUCUACACACCUUCGACCGAACAUAUCCAGCGAAGUUCCCCUCUCACUUACAACUUUCACCCCUCCUGUCCCGUGAAGCACUACGUCGGCUCGCAUGGAGCACAUUCUUUUUCGACUCGAUGAUUGACGGAGGUCGAUACGGUUUCCACUCCGUCGAUGAAAAUUCAUAUCGCCUACAGCUCCCCUGUGACCAAGCAAGCUUUUUAGGAAACGAGAACGUGGUCACCGAAAGGCUUUUUCCAGAAUCAAAUGCUAAUGCUCGAGCUAGUAUUGGCAAUGCCCAGCAGGCACCGCUGGAUAUCUGGGCCUAUGUCCUACGAAUUGCAGCUGCUAGACGUCGCGCACUCCACUUUGCAUUUCGUGCCUCUCACCGUGGACGGACAGUUGAAGAGAUGACCGCCGAGCUUGCUAUCAUUGAGGCAGACGUCGAAUCGGUCGUUUCCGACCUACCGAAGCGAUUUCACUUCAACACUGAUAAUGUGUUCAUUCACCGUGAUCGACUACUCACUUUUCUGCUUUUGCAUGUUAUGCGACAUAAUUUGUUCAUCAUAGUUGGUCGGGCAGCGCUGUUGGUUUACCAGCGCGAUUCUACAAAGGCCGAUCUCGUUGCGCAUGUGCGCCGAAAGAGGAUCUCACAUGCAUUGCCCAUUGCGAGUAUACUUGCCGAGGGAUUGAAGGUCGGUGUCGUUUUGGAUCCUCAUUUAGGCAUCCAGGCUUAUGUUGCCUUAGAAAUCCUUCUUUUUGAGCCACGGCGCUUAGCUGAAAUUGAUCCUUAUGUCGACCCCAAAGCUCCAGAUUUCAUGGUUGCGAUUCCUGACCUGUUGACUGUGAUUCGGGAUCUUGGGCAUCGGUCGGAGGUGGUCAGGCAGUUGCACAUCGAGGCUGUUCAUCGAUUGCUACGAUUUAACUGUGGCCAAUUCCUUAACCAAGUGGAUAUUGAAGCAUUUCAAAGUGGUUACCGUUUAGUCGGACAGGAUCUAGCAGAAUUCGACUUUCGCGAUUUCCGAUGGGCCAAGGUUGAACGAAUCCGCCGAGGAGCUCCAUCCGCUGCUACCGGCGGGGGUGAUGAAGUACUACUCGAGUAUCGGGUCGACGGAGAUACGGCUGCUCAUACGGUUGCGCCUUCGCCUCGUCUAGAUGCCAUUGAUGUGAAUAGUGCGUUGGGCUGGUCCCCGCUUGUGCAAUCUGCUCCAUCAACUGCUUCCCACACGGUGGGUCUAUCCGAGGGUCCUCGGUUGGAUGACCACGGUUUGGAAUCGACGAGAUCAGAGUAUGGCCUUCUGGACGAGCCAUCACUAGACUGGCCGUGGCUGUUGGAAGAGUCGGGACCAUCCGUAUAUCAAACCGGUGACCCGGAGACAUUUUGGAGCCAACUUGAGCGAAUCUGA